UCUAGGUUGUUAGCACUUAGCAACAUUGGUGAGAUUCAUGAAUUCUCCUAUGCCUUGAUAUAUACAUAUAUAGCCAUUUCCAGAAGAGGAAGGCAAAUCAGUGAUUCAAUUCAACAUUUUCAAUUUCAAGACCUUUCUCUUCUCUCGAGGAAAAAAAUGGCAGCCUCUGUAUUAAAUAAAAAAUCCCACAACCAUGUUCGUUCUAAUAGUUUGCCAUCAAAACCCCAUCCUUUAAUUCUACAAUGCCAUGAACACUUUUCUCAUUUUGGGGCCACAGAUGCCACUCUUUCUUCUUCAUUGCUCAGCUUGAAGCUCAAUAACCUUCAGGACUUGCAUGAUUCUAUUGAGAAAUUAGUCCAACUUCCCCUUACACAAGAAGCACUUGUCCGGGAACAUCAAGAGAAAUGGGUAGAUGAGCUAUUGGAUGGAUCUCUAAGGGUCCUAGACGCAUGCACAUCAGCAAAAGAUGCCUUGCUGCACACGAAAGAAUGCACCCGGGAACUUCAAUCAAUUAUAAGAAGAAGAAGAGGAGGAAAUGAUGUGGAACUCGCAACUGAGGUUAAGAAAUUCUUGACCUCAAGAAAGGUGGUGAGAAAAGCAAUCUUCAAAGCCCUAGAGAGUCUAAAGGGAGUUGCUGCAAACAAAUGUUGUCGACUUGACACAAACAAAGAUCAUCAAACCAUGACCUUGGUUAGCUUGUUAAAGGAAGGUGAAGUGGUUACUCUUUCAACAUUUGAGUCUUUGUUGAACUUCAUUUCAGGUUCAACACAAUCAAAGCCAAGCAGGUGGUCUUUGGUUUCAAAGCUAAUGCACAGCAAAAGAGUAGUUUCUGCACAAGGAGUUGAAGAUGAGAAUGAGUUUGAAAAAGUUGAUUCCGCAUUGCAGUUCUUUGUAUUUAACAUGACAAGCAAGUCAAACAACAUCAAUGAUUUGCAAAAUAAGUUGGAAAAAUUGGAGUCUUGCAUCCAAGAUCUUGAAGAAGGACUUGAGUUUCUUUUCAGGCGUUUGAUCAAAAUUAGAGUUGCCUUUCUCAACAUCCUCAAUUACUACCUCCCCAGUGCAGAACAGAGUUUAAUGCAGGCUUCUUGUUUUGUUUUCUAUGCUCCAAUUGCCAAUGGCUCAGCAGGCCCUUGCAAGAGAAUGCAGCGACAAGUCUGUGAUGAACUGCUUGAUAUUUCUUUGAGGAUCUUGGAUAUCUGCAGCAGCGUUGGAGAUUUCCUAAUUCAAUCAAAAGCAGGCAAGCAUGAACUUCACUCAACCAUUCGUAGAAGUAGAGUUGCAGAUAAUGGAAUCACAAUUGAGGGAGAAAAUUACUUGGCUUCAAGGAAGAAGAUGAAGAAGGCAAUCCAAAAGGCCUUUGUAAAUGUCAAAAGGACAAAAAAUAUUUGUUCUUCAACCAUAGAAAACGAGGAGCUGGUCUUGCUUAGAAUGUUAAAAGAAGCAGAAGUAGUCACAGUGAGGACUUUAGAAUCUUUGUUGCACUUCAUCUCUCAUCCAAAAGGGCGAUCAAAGCAAAGCAGAUGGGGAACAAUCUCUAAGUUGAUUCAGCAAAAAAGAGUAGUUUGUGAUUCUCAAGAAUCAAUCACGAACGAAUUUGUUGAGGUAGAUGCAGCUUUGAAGUCUCUCAUCAGUCACAAGUCUACAUCUACCGACAAUUUCCAAUGCAAUUUAGAAAAUUUGGAGAUUUGCAUUCAUGAUCUAGAAAUAGGAGUUGAGAAUCUCUCAAGGCAACUUAUCAGAAAUAGAGUUUCUCUUCUCAAUAUCUUCAAUCACUAGUAUGAAAAAAAAUAUAUUAAGAAUAACCUUUGACAACCAAAUCCAAA